UUGCGCCUCCGUUGGUAUUCUCAACGUCCGCCGCUACGUAACAACCUACGCACUAGCGACGUUUUGCAUUGCAAGUCCGUGGCAACCGCUCCGACUCUGCGGGCAGUAGCACUCUUCGUUAGAUUCUCCUGUCUCCUAAAUAAAAGCACGCUUCACGUCCAGACAUGCAACCAGCAAGUGCCAAGUGGUACGACCGGAGAGACUCUGUUUUUAUAGAGUUCUGUGUUGUGGACAGCAAAGAUGUAAAAGUCAGUUUUGAUAAAACAAAGUUUAUUUUCAGUUGUGUUGGAGGAACUGACAAUGUCAGACAUGUGAACGAAAUAGAACUUUUUGAAGCCAUUGAGGAAAAUGAAUCCAAACAUAAACGCACCGAUAGAUCAGUGUUGUGCUACUUACGAAAAGCCCAGCCAGGAAAGUCAUGGCCAAGGAUUACAAAAGAGAAGGCUCAGUUGAGGUGGCUCAGUGUUGACUUUAACAACUGGAAAGAGUGGGAGGACGACUCCGAAGAAGCGAUGGGCAACUUUGAUCAGUUCUCAGACAUGAUGAAUAACAUGGGAGGUGAUGGUUUCCAACCUGGUAUGGAUGGUGAAGAAGAUGAGGACACUGCAGACAGUGAUGAUGAAAAAAUGCCUGAUUUGGAAUAGAAGCAUUGGUACUCUUGGGGGAAAAAAUAAAUAAAAGAUCAUGGAGAAUGGAAGAAAAAUUAAUUUACACUUUUAUUUAAAGGCGGUAAAAAACAAAUGUACAGCCAGCAGCCAUAUUUAAAUACAUAACCUCUGCUCCGAGCUCCUUCCUACCCAGUCAGUCCAGUGAAGGUUGAUAUGCAUGGUAUUGUACAGAGCAGCUAUCGCCACUUCCAUUUGCUGUACUGCACCUGUCAGGUAUCUUGCUUUACUGUAAUAUUACCAACGAAGCACAUAUUAUUGGAUGGAAAAGCUUGUCUUUAAUUGAGCAAUAUGUGUUAAAAAGAUUGACAUGAACAUAAUUGUGAUUUAUUGAAAUUAGGCACACCCUUUUCCAUUGUUGUGGUUUAAGUUAGCUGUAUAGUGUAGUUUCUUCUUUAAAACAAACAAUUACAACGGGCCCCUUUUUAGAGACUUUAGAAUUAGAUAUCCAGGAAGCUGGUCUUUUUGUUUUGGUUGCUUAAAUCUAUAGCUCACAUGUUUCCCUUUACUAUUUGUUGAAAGUCUGUACAGUUGGUAUAUUCUGAAAUCAUUGCAGAAAUGUUUGCAUCUGUCCAAUAACCAUCUACUCAAGAAUUGUGAAUGGAAUUCAUCCAUUUGAUUACUGUUUAUCUGUCCAAUAUACCGACAUGCUCAGUCUGCCUGCAGAAGCAGGCCUGAACUGAAGUUUAGUUAGGUGUCAACAUCACAUGACUUGCUUUCCUCCAGGUUCUCUGCUUAACCACAUCCAGUGCAGAGCCUCCCUUGUGGGAAAUCAGUGUUGGAGAGAUGCAGUGUUUAAUGACCAAAUUGUAAUUGCAAUUUAACAAUAUGUAUAGGGGAAAAUGGUGAAUUUCAGUGAACAUUCUUUUUUAUUGUUGACAUAUUUCUAAUAAACAUAAAUGCUUAA